UGGGAGGUUGUCUUAUUGCAGAUGUGUUCCAGCAUGGGCAGUUGAAACAACAGGGCGCGUUUCAGUAUCGUAAGUUUGCAGAUCGGGUCUUGUUUCUGAAGGCGAGACAAGUGACAGACGAGAUAGUACCUUUGAGGGGCAACGUAAUCUGACAAGUUUGAAUACUUCUUUAAACUACUAAUUUUGAGUCGACUUAUCCUUUUUGGAUAUACUGUGAAAUUUUACAGACUACAAUAAAAAAAAUGCCAGCCGUGGCACUGUUGCCUUUUACGAUUACGCCAAGUAGGAAGUCGUCAAGUCCGAGUGCUUUCCGACUCACCGAGAAAUUUGUUUUGCUUUUAGUUUUCAGCGCUUUUAUUACUCUUUGCUUUGGGGCAAUUUUUUUCUUGCCGGAUUCAUCCAAGUUACUAAGCGGUGUAUUUUUCAACUCCGGCGUAGAGACGGAUACAAGCAAGACAGGUACGGAUCGCGAUGCCAAUAUUUUCGGGGCGGACAGUGUGGAGAGAAAGUUAGCAAAGAUUCGAAAAGAUCAUGAGAAGGCACUGAAUGAAGCCAAGGAUACACUGCAGAAGAAACCCGACGAGAUCAAGCAGGAUAUACUGAGCGAGAAAGAUAAAGUUGCCCAGGAGAAUAUGGUCUUCAAAACGAAUGGGGGCGAUGCCGCUUUGCCAUACCUCGACUUCAAGCGACCACCUGGGGCUGUGGGGCGGGAGCCAGCCGAUCCGGAAACCAGGCAGAAAAGAGACAAAGUUAAAGAGAUGAUGAAAUUUGCUUGGGAUAGUUACAAACAUUAUGCUUGGGGAUCAAAUGAGCUGAAACCAAUUUCAAAGCAAGGGCAUUCAAGCAACUUGUUUGGUAGUAUUCAAGGAGCAACAAUAGUGGAUGCGUUGGAUACCCUGUACAUCAUGGAUAUGCAAGAUGAGUUUAAAGCAGCUAAAGAGUGGAUAGAGAAGAAUUUGGACUUUAAUGUGAAUGCUGAAGUUUCAGUCUUUGAAGUAAACAUCCGGUUUGUUGGUGGACUUCUCUCAGCGUUUUAUCUCUCAGGAGAAGAGGUAUUCAGGAAAAAAGCGGUGGAACUAGGAGAAAAGCUCUUGCCGGCCUUCAACACACCAACAGGAGUCCCUUGGGCUUUGCUGAAUAUAAAAAGUGGAAUUGGCAGAAAUUGGCCCUGGGCAUCUGGAGGGAGUAGUAUUCUAGCAGAAUUUGGAACCCUACAUCUAGAAUUUAUGCAUCUGAGUGAACUUUCUGGGAAACCUGUCUUUGCAGAGAAGGUCAUGAAUAUCCGAAAGGUUUUGAACCGACUGGAUAAACCACAGGGCCUUUAUCCAAACUAUUUAAAUCCAAACAGUGGACAAUGGGGACAGCAUCAUGUAUCCGUUGGAGGCCUAGGAGACAGUUUUUAUGAAUAUUUGCUUAAGGCAUGGCUAAUGUCAGACAAGAAAGACGAAGAAGGCAAAAAAAUGUAUUAUGAUUCCAUUCAGGCUAUUGAAACACAUCUCAUCAGAAAAUCAAGUGGUGGCCUCACAUACAUCGCAGAAUGGAAAGGAGGCUUACUGGAGCACAAAAUGGGUCACUUGACAUGUUUUGCUGGAGGCAUGUUUGCUCUUGGGGCUGAUGGUGCACCAGAUGAUAAGACUGGACACCAAAUGGAACUAGCUGCUGAAAUUGCUCGCACCUGCCAUGAGUCAUAUACACGGACCAAUCUAAAGCUGGGUCCUGAAGCUUUCAGAUUUGAUGGUGGUGUAGAAGCCAUUGCAACAAGACAAAAUGAGAAAUACUUCAUUCUGCGGCCAGAGGUUAUUGAGACUUACAUGUACAUGUGGAGAUAUACACAUGACCCCAAAUAUCGGCAGUGGGGCUGGGAGGCACUACAGGCACUGGAGCAACACUGCAGAGUCGAAGGAGGAUAUAGUGGAAUUAGAGAUGUUUACGCAAGCCACCCAAACCUUGAUGAUGUGCAGCAGAGCUUCUUUCUAGCAGAGACACUCAAGUACCUGUAUUUGCUGUUUUCUGACGACGACUCGCUCCCUUUUGAGCACUGGGUUUUCAAUACAGAAGCACAUCCGCUGCCAGUCAUCAAGAAAAGAACUGAUAAAUAGGUGAAGACAUUGCAGUUAGAUGGCUGAUCCCUCCGAAGCUUGUGGCAACUCUGUUCUUGCAGAUGACCAACUUCUCCACACACUGUUGUCAUUUCUAUUUUGUUUUCAUCCAGCAAUAUUUAGAACUGCCUAUCAGGUCCAUUUAAACAUGGGGAAAAAAAACUGUUUAAAUGACCAGUCCAUCGAUCGGUUAAUAAGGAAUCAAUAAAUAGUACUGUCAGGAAAAAAAUGGUUAUUUAAAAUACAAUAUUCUGGUUAAAUAUAUAAUAUUUGGGAAUCAUAUUUUACUAUUAUUUAUCUAAAACAAAAAUGCUUUCAGCAAUUAUGUGCAUGUUCCCUUUUUGUAAAGUAUGUCUUAUCUGCAGAGAGACAGCAAGAUUCUUUCCUCCUCCAUGAGGAGACGGAGGCCGCUUUCAGCUGUAAUUUUUGCUCUGUUGCAUAAAAGCCAUAUUGAAUUUGAUAAAGAGAGCUUUAUUAUUCACAAAGAAAUUUGUGGGAAGGGAAGUGGCGCUAAUUUAUGUUAUGGUUUAAGACGAUCAUCAAAGUCUCUAAAAUUGUGUCUUUGUGACACGUUUUCUUCAUGCGGGUUUCUGUUUUUUUUGUUUUGUUUUUUUUUUUUGUCUGUUUUCAAAGCGGAUCAACAUUGCUGAAUUAGACCCAGUGCUGACAUUUUAAGCAUACAUUUUAAAGUAAUGACCCUUUGGUCAGACUGGUGCACUUUGCUCCCUUAGGCCUGUGUUUUUGAGUGGAGACGCUCUCAUGCACAUUUAAUCGGAAGCCAGGAUGGUCCAACAGUGCCCUCUGCUGGACCAAGAGAACAGUGACAUUGUUUCCUAGUGGGUCUCUUCUGCAAGCUAAAGAGUAUCACUAUUAUGGUAAAGCCAAAAUCUGAGUAAAAAUAACUUAAAAAUAAUUUGAUUCUGUUGAUGCUAUGAUUUUAAGGGUUAUUAAAUUUGUGGCUUUACAAACCUAAUUAUUUUGAUGUUUGUUUUUUUUUUUUGGAUGGCGCCUUGGAAUUGUUUUUGAAGUAUUUUCACAAUGGACAUUUACGUGGCAUUCUUUUGGAAAAGGAGCAAGACAACAGUAAGGGGUAAAUUAUGUAUCAGGAAGUACACAUAUUCAGAUUUAUGCCUUCCAACUUUUUUGUAAUUUUUGUCAUUUAUUGUGUGUAAUCAAAAAAGCACAAUUUUUUUGCUUAGUAAUAAAAAAGCUCCAUGAAGCCUGAAGCCAAUCAAGUUCAUGUGAAAGAAGCACAAGUAGCAAAACUGAACAUUACACGCAGCAGCAUCUGUUUUACACUGGAUUGUUAGUCAUUACACAUAGCCAUGUUUACUGUGUGCACGUACAUGUGGGUAAUGCCUGUUCUGAUGCAUGGGCCCAUUGUGGCAGUUUGACACCCUCUUCAGCCCUUUUCACUUGAUUGUUAAAGGGGGACACAUAGGAUGCAGUUUGCCAUUUACUGAAGACAGGCAGUCGGACAGUUACUGUAUGUAGUAGUAUCGCUUAAAUGUCGUCAUUUGAUUGCUAUAUGUUGUCCUCCUUGGUGACCCUCUGAAGUCCACCGAAUGAUCUAGUGAAAAUGUGGCUUGGACACCAGUGAACGUUCAGGCUUAGUUUGAUAUGCCUUUUACUGUUUUACACUUAUAGAUUUUGCUAUGUUGCAGUGUUUUCUUUGUGAAGUUGUUAAUUACGUGUAGUCCAUUACCUCCCCAUGACAGUAUGUUGAUUAUUCUAUUCUGUUUUGUGGAAAAAUAAUGAAAGGAUGUGGGAUGAAUAUGUUAUUGGUCUGCAUACUCUGGAAAAAUGAAUGUGUAAAUUUUUUUUCUAUUACUUUUAUCUUUGAAAUUUUUGUUUGCUAAUUGUUUCAUAAAUUAUUUUGGGUAAUCCCAGUGUUGUAAAGGGAGAGGAAUUUGUACCACAUGUUCAGACUUACAGUUUCUGUGCUCAGUAACGUUUGCUGUUUGUAAUUUUUAAAAGAAAAAAACAACACCUUAUGUGAGCAUAGAAUUUGCACAUGAACAUGACGUGACUUGUCUUUGAGACCCCUGCUCGUGUCACAUUGCUCACGUAGAAGUUUAGUCAGUAUGUGAUCUCCAUACUCUAGAUUGUGUGUUUAAACUGGAUUACUACAUAUCAGCUAACUGCUCAAUAAUACCUGGACGAGUGAGAGCCUGCA